AUGCGUCUCUCAGACGUGCUUGUAGCAGCUGCAUCCUUUGGGAUUGCAGCUGCUGGUGUCCCUCAGCCCCGGUCCUCCGAGGAGACUUGCGUAAAUGCUGAAUUCACUGGCGAAGUUGUGCAAUACUCUUUGAGCAUCACUGAAUACCCGAUCAUCGUCGAUGUGGAGCUCCAAGAAGAUACUACAGUGACCAUUGACAAUACUAUCAUUAUCGGAGUCACCAAUGCCCCUACGCACCUACAUACUACUGUAUACGCCGCCACCACCUCGACUAUUACUAAAACCAUCUCUACUGCCACUAUCACUGCAUCUGUUACUACAGUAGUGGAAGCAACAACCGAUGGCUCUAACUUCCAAGCCGCUCCUACUGCUACUAUCACCUCGAAGGUUACUGUCCCGAACGCAGAUAAUUCUGCAGUUGGGUCUGGUGCCACCGCUCUUUCGCAAUCUGCCUCUACCAGAAGCUUAGCUCCUGUUGCCGGUGGUUCUGCCGUUGGAUCUGGAGUCAAUACUGCCCUGUACACUGCCUCCACCUCCAACACAGCCGUCCGUACUCUGACUGCUACCUUUACCAAUUCUCAUUACACCUCUACCAAGACCUACACUACCACUGUCGCCUCUGCCACGGCUACAUUGGCAGCUGGCACUUGGACUGACUGGAAGAAAUACAAGGCCAAUGGUGUCAAUCUUGGUGGUUGGUUAGAAUUGGAAGAAGUGUUUGAUCAGUACUGGUGGAACCAGUAUGCUCCUAAUGCUACGGAUGAAUGGACUUUCUGUGAGACUCUGGGUUCUCGCUGCGGUCCUGUCCUCGAGCAACAUUAUGCUACCUACAUCACUACGGAUGAUAUUGACAAGGUUGCGGCUGUUGGUGUCAACACUCUCCGCAUUCCCACCACGUAUGCUGCGUGGAUCAAGGUCCCAGGUUCUGCUUUGUACCACGGUAAUCAGAAAGAAUACUUGAAGACAAUUACCACCUAUGCCAUCCAAAAGUACAACAUGCGCGUCAUUGUUGGGCUCCACUCGCUUCCCGGCGGUGUCAACUCUCUGGAUAUCGGCGAGAAAGCUGGAAAUGACGGCUGGUUCUUCAACACUACCAAUCUUGACUAUUCUUACGAAGCGGUUGAGGAAGUGCUCGACUUUUUCGUCGACACAGGCUACCCCUGGGCUUUCACGAUUGCUCCUAUCAACGAAGCUUCCGACAACCCCUCGGCAUUCGCAUCUCCCGAGACAUUGACCACAAACGGCUCCAACUGGAUUGUGGAAUAUACAGAGGGAGUCUUGUCUCGCAUUUCUCAGGUUGACAAGCGCAUUCCUCUGAUGUUGCAGGAUUGCUUUCUUGGUGAGGAACACUGGUCUCCUUACUUUGCCAACGACACGAACCUCGUCAUCGACUCUCACGUCUACUAUUUUGCCGCCUCUGGAGUCUACUCGCAAUGGGCAAACGGCGCAAUCUGUGGUCAGGCGUCUGUUCUCGGCGGUGACGGCAAGUUCCCUGUGUACGUUGGUGAAUGGGCUCUACAGACCUUGUACAGCAACACCUUUGCCAACCGCAAGAGUUUGUUUAACACUCAGCGAUAUGCUUGGAGUUACUAUGUCCAGGGUGGCUCUUUCUGGAACAUCAAGCACAAUAGCAGCGUCGUUGUGGAUGGAGAGGGUACCCAGAAAGACUACUGGUCAUAUGAUCUGCUUAUUGAUGCUGGUGUCAUUACUCGUCCUAUUGGCAAUGCAACAUACUGCUAA